GGCCCCGCCCCUCGGGGUGGAGGAGCCAAUGGGCCGAGGAGAUAAGGCCGGUCCUCUGACGUCAUCGCGUCUGGCCAAUCAGAGGGCGCGUUGGUGGGACGCCUCGCGGAGGGCGCGCCCGGAGGCAGGAAGGCCGGAGCGAGGAAGCUCGCCGCCAAGAUGGAGACGGCUCAUUGCUCCGCGGCCGCGGUCGGGAACGGGGACGCGGGGUCCCAGCGGGAGCGGAGCCUGCUGCCCGAGCGGCUUCAGAGGCGAGAUCAGGAGAGGCAACUGGAGGCGGAAAAGCGCAAGCAAAAGCGGCAGGACCAGGAGGUGGUGGAGGAGAAGAGCGACUUCUUCACGGCCGCCUUCGCCCGCGAGCGAGCCGCCGUGGAAGAGCUGCUGCAGGGCGGGGAGUCCACCGAGCGGCUGGAGGAGGCGGCCGCCCGGCUCCAGGGGCUCCAGAAGCUGCUCAACGACUCGGUGCUGUUCCUGGCCGCCUACGAGGUGCGGCAGGCCCAGGAGGCGCUGGCGCAGCUGCAGGCGGCCCUGGCCGACCGGCGCCAGCAGCUGCAGCCCAAGAAGCGGUUCGCCUUCAAGACCCGGAGGAAGGAUGCCGCUUUGGCCCCGCAAGGAGCGGAUGCGGCUCCCGGCGCCGCGGCGGCGGGAAGCAUCCAGGCCUCCCCGCCCUCCGUGACCGAGGACGGAGCCGCAGGCUCUAGCUGGCUCUGCGGCUUCUCCAACCUCAAGUCCCAGGUCUUGGAGAAGAGAGCGGAGGAGUUGCACCAGCGAGACGUCCUUUUGACCGAGCUGAGCAAUUGCACGAUCAAGCUGUACGGCAACCCCAACACCCUGCGGCUGAGCAAGGCCCGCGGCUGCACGCUGCUCUGCGGCCCGGUGUCCACGUCUGUGUUCCUGGAUGACUGCAGCGAGUGCGUGCUGGCCGUGGCCUGCCAGCAGCUCCGCGUACACACGACGAGGGACACCCGCAUCUUCCUGCAGGUGACCUGCAGGGCCAUCGUGGAGGACUGCCACGGGAUCCAGUUCGCCCCUUACACCUGGAGCUACCCGGGGAUCGACCGAGACUUCGAGAGCUCUGGCUUAGAUAGGAGCAAAAAUAACUGGGACGAUGUCGACGAUUUCAACUGGUUGGCUCGGGACAUGGCCUCCCCCAACUGGAGUGUGCUCCCUGAGGAAGAGCGAACGAUCCAGUGGGACUGAGCGGCUGUUCCCCUUCUCUCCACCUACACCAAAUGCUUCCCGUGUGGGACUGACUCCCAGCUCCUGGGACCCCAAAGUGUACUUAUCAUUGUCACAUAGUGUAUGGUCUCAGUAAUUAAGACUUAAAAUUGUGAUAGGCGAUUUGUGAUUUCCAUUCAAUUCGAGACAGGUAUAACGCUUUUA